UUAGAAAGGAGAGUGAGGGGGGGAGGACGGAGGAUCAGUACGCUCAGUGAGGAUACAGAAACCAGCAGCAACAGAACGCGAACAAGAGACACCGGCGGAGUUCACUGGUGACUGAGGAUUAUGUGGCUGACAGCACGCUAUGACACCUAGGCAACAGAGGAAGUGACCAGCAUGCCGAGGAGAUAGGAAUCAAGGUCAAACUUAAAGUCUUCACCCCCUCUUCAUCAUGUGUGGUCUAUUAUUGAAAAACGAAGAGAUCCUCAAGUACAAAUCAGUAAGAGUCAUCAGUGUCUUAUCCAGCCAGGAGGAAGUCAUUAAUGAGGACUAUUGGAUUGUGGGAUACUGAACUGUCUCGUGGUUUCAAAAACAGCUGCAUAAGAUCUUGGUGUGUGUGAUCUCUCAGAAUACACUCCGGCUCACCCUGGCUGAUGGCAUCACAUGUCGUCUACUUCUUCAGCUCCUCAGGGGGCUAGGGGGCCCCUUGGGGCAUUAUGGGUAGGAGGGUCACGGACCCUACAAACCCAGUGCCUGCUCUGGGAGUUCCUCUGGCUGGGGGACGAUGGGGUCCACUAUGCAGUGUUGGGGUCCAGACUUCUCCAGGACUAAGACUUCUCCGCUCAAUCAAACAAAACACCAGACAGUCCUCCACCUCACAACAGUCACUGCCCAUAACAACCAAGAAAACAACAAACGUGGAGACAGCUGCCAUCCCUAGUGACAACGACCGUCUGCCAGUGUCCAAGGAGACAUCUCAGAAUGAGAUCAACAGCUUGACACAAGACGACAUGGGGUCACAGGGCUCAGGCAGUGGCAUUUACUGCCAGAUCAAAACUAUACAGAGUAAUCCCAAGGAUGCACGAGGUAAAAAGACUGCUCGCUAUGCAAACGGCAGCGUGGUUACCUCGGACGCUGUGGGUGGGGUGUGCAGUGAGGGCGCAGACAGUAAAGAGCCAAUCAGAGAGAGGAGAAGAGUCCAGUCCCUGCGUGGAGAGGGCCAUCGCUCUGUGGCUAAAACAACUAGUGUCUGUACCACUGUCCAUGCCACGCCUCCUCGCCCCUGUCGUGUCAUGGCUUCGUCCCCAUCCCGUCUGUGUGGGACAUGUGGGAGGAGACGUUCACAGAUUACACAGUGUACUGGGGCAUGUCGCAGAAGGCCUACUGCUCAAAUCACCGCCAGCCAGACUUUACCUAAUCCGGCUCGGAAACAGUCCAUGCCUGCCCACCAGGCCCAAAAAGACUCAUCCACUGUGGACACCCAAACCAAUGCCAAAACCACACAUGUGGCAAAGUCCCACACAUUUGUGAAGCCCAGCCAAAUACCACAGCUGUCCCACACUAUACCAAAAACACAGAGGUCACAUUCAAAACAUUCACUGAACAAAACCAAUCAGUUCUCCCAGCAGCCACGUCCCAUGUCUGCAGACUUCACCCAGUACAAGAACUCUGCCACACAAACAAUAGAAACACAUAACAACAGCAUAGAACAAGCUACAUCUGCAGAGGAGGUAAAAGAAACAGACAAAGAGGACUUCUUGAAAAUAGAUCAAACACAAGCACAUGCACCAGUCCUUAAUAAUGCAAAACCUCCAGUCUGUUCCAAUCUCACGACAUCCAGUAGCACUCCACCUCUCCCCCCUAAAGUCAGCUCCAAACCCUCGACACCGGUACUGCAAACCAAAAAUCAAGAUGGCACUGAUAACAAACAAAAGGAUUAUACAAAACAGAAAAGUAAAUCAUUUGAGGAUCAUGUCCUGCCUUGUACAACCCAUUUGAAAGCACAAUGUAAUGGGGCCCCAGGUGGGCUGUUUGGGGCACAUGUGGGACAUGUACCACGAGGGCUGGAAGGACAGCUUCAGACAGUGGAGGAGAACCUACUGUCCAACCAGGAGAAGAUCAAGGUGCUUCUCAAUGUCAUUCAAGACCUGGAGAAAAGCAAAGCACUCAGUGAAGGUCGAACCUCAUACAGAACUGGUCAAGAUAUAAACAACUGUCCCACCUGCCAAAAGACAGCAUGUAUCAUCUACAGUGUGGAGCAUGAUUUCCGGCAGCAAGAAGGACGUUUGCGGGGAGUUAUGGAAGCCCUGGAGGGGGAAUAUGAUGUGCCUGUAUCUCAGACCAAAACAAUGCCAGCCUCCUCCUCCAGUCGUGCAAGUACCAAGGCGAAAGUCAAGAAACUGCGCAAAAAAUGUUUCUGGUGGCUCUAAACAUCCACUGAGGAUUAUACAUUUUGCAUUGGUGACAGAACAUUUCGCUGGGUUACUGAGUGUGCUGGCCUCCCAAACCAGGAAUGAUGGACGCUGACAGAGCAUUGGCCCCUGCUACAGUAAUUUGUAAUCAACAGUGAAAUGGAAGUCAGAGCUCAGGUUUGAGGUAACAAGUGCUGACAUCUUUGAUGAAGCGAUGGCAUUUCCGAAGGCUCACAGGCAAAAUGUUUGUCGUGGUGCUGAGUGGUUGUCUAGACAGACGGACAGACAUGUCUCUGGAUUUAUGUCAAGACAGAUCCACGCGCAAU